AUUUUUCUGUGCGGCUGGAUGUACAGCUGACCGCAGAAAGGGGGAGGGAGCUGUCGCUUAAAAAACCAAACCAACAUUAACCCAGGGAUCCAACAUUCAUCUUGUUUUGCCCUGUCGCUUUUAUCAGCGUGUGUCUCAAGUUUCCUCAGGGCAGCUGACCCCGGGAGGACUUUGUUUUCAUGGAGUAGGUGGUGUAGGCGGGGAAAGGAGGCAUGGUCCUUUAAAUAUACAAAACAUCCUAAUCCACAAAGAAGAGAACAACGCCACGACAAGAUUUCUUCUUCUUCUUUUUUUUUUUUUUUUUGCAGAGCAUUUUGGUGCAUUUCUCAUGCAUUGUUUUGAGAAAAUACCCGCAGCAUAGAAUAAAAAACAGAACAAAAAACACAAUUAAAAAAAUGAAAAAACAAUUUACUGGAUUGUUAUAGAGAGAGAGAGAGAGAGAGAGAGAGAGAGAGAGAGAGAUACGAUAUAUAGGUAUUUCUAGCGGUGCUGUAGAUAAUUAACGUCAUUGAAAGCGUGCAGCAAUCAAGAAAAUAAAUAACUUAUUGAGCCAUACUGAUCACACCGUUUACUCAACUGCUUUUUUUUAUUUUGACUGUUUUGCAGGGAAGAAGUCAAGUCAGAUUUAUUUAUUUUUUCUUCUCCUUGCUUGGAAGUUGAUUAAAUAAAUGCUUUCAACGGCUGAUGCGUCUGAAGAUGACAACGUUUGAUCGGACUGACUGACUCGUGUAAAGAAGAUCGCCGUUUUUGACUGUGUUUACAGCAAACUGGACAAUACAGCGCGGAGGUAACCAGCCUUGCAUUUGCACGAUAGCGAGGAGGGGGUCGAACCACAGAAAGUGUUUAUGCAAAGUUAACAAAAGGCUGCAGCUAUCGAUCUGUUUGCAGCCUUGAUCCAGAAGAGUUUUAUAACCCGCCUUCUGCAUCCUGGCAAGAAACUCAUCCAAACGCAGAACAAAAAGCUGCUGUGCCAAGUCGGUCUCCCAGAGUGCAUGGCUGAAGUCCGUCGUGUUUAACAGCUGAGAGUCUCAGUCCAGCCCAGCAGAUCUGUUCGGAGAGCCGAAACAUCAAAGCUUCCUGGUUCUGCUAGCCUGUGUGCUGUUUCUUGUGUGUCCGUAGCGGGUGAUGUCACUUCUCUAACCUUUCUCCCUCCACUUGCUAAUCCUCCUAGUUAACAGGCACCCAGCUUUCAGGACAGGCAUGGAUGAGUAUGACGUGAGAUCAGCCGCUAGCAUUCUAGCCUCGGUUAAAGAGCAGGAGGCUCGCUUCGAGCAUCUGACCCGGGCCCUCGAGGAGGAGCGGCGCAACGUCAGCCUGCCCUCGGAGCGACUGAGCAUGUGCAACGCUGGCAGCAGCAGCCAGCCCCUGGCGUGGCAGCAGAUAGUACUGCAGGAGCGGAGCCCCAGUAACCAGACCUCCAGAGCCAUGAUGCAGGAGCCUCCGGAGGUGCUGGAGGAAACAGUGACUAUUGAAGAGGACCCGGGAACGCCCACCUCCCACGUUUCCGUGGUAACGUCGGAGGAUGGAACUACUCGCCGGACUGAGACAAAGGUGACCAAGGUUGUUAAAACCAUCACUCGCCGCACCUUCCACCCGGUGACAGUAACAGAGAGGCUGCUGGAUUCCCGGCCGGACACCCCCACUCCGGAGACAGACCCUGUCACCAAAAUGGUGAAAACCGUGACCACCAGGACGGUGCGCCAAGUUCCCCUGGGGCCAGAUGGCUUGCCCAUCCCGGACGGGUCUUCCCCUCUCGGCAGCUACACGGAUUCCAUCGACCGGAGGUACCUGAAGAACGGGGACCGCUACAUCACCCCACAGGCCACCUCCACCUUGACCAGAUCCUUCAACAACUACAGCGAUUCCUACAGCGACAGCCCCGAUAACCAGCACCGGCACUACAGCAUCCACGACAGCUACGCUGACAUGUCCGACAACUACGGCAGCCUUUCCAGAGGGGUCAACUACCGGCCUCGCUAUGGCUACAUGCCAGCAAACUACCGGCCGGAGAACAGCUACACCCUGCCCAUCAGGAAGGAGGACUACGGACACAUAGCCCAGCCACAGGUGCCCUUAGGCAGCAGCGCAGAGCUGAACCGCUCCCAGCCAGAGCGCUUCCAGCCGGAGCCGUACGGUUUGGAGGAUGACCGGCGCAGUCUGGGACCUGAGGAAGAGGAGGCUUAUGACCUGGAACCAGACUACUCCACAGCCAAUAGGAGGACUCUUACCACUGCUGACCGGGGCAGACCAGGCAGGGAGCCAAUCAGAGAGCGAAUCGGGGAGCCCAUGAUGAGAGACCCAGUUCGAGGAAGAGUCUGCUAUGAGGAUCCCAUAGAGGCGGAACUGAUUGACGAGCGCCACCCCUACCUGCAGGGCAUCUACACAGCUCCCCUGGCCCAGCCCGAGCGAGGCAGCAUGGCCAGCCUGGACCGCAUGGGCCGUCACUCGCCCUCCAUUGACAGCAUGCGCAAAGACCCCCGCUGGAGGGACCCCGACCUGCCAGAGGUCAUCGCCAUGCUGGGGCACCCCAUCGACCCGGUCAAGUCCAACGCGGCUGCCUAUCUGCAGCAUCUCUGCUACGAGAACGACAGGAUCAAGAAGGACGUGCGCCACCUGAAGGGGAUCCCCAUACUGGUGGGGCUGCUGGACCACCCCAAGCCUGAAGUGCACCGCAAGGCCUGCGGAGCCCUCCGCAACAUCUCCUACGGCAAGGACAACGACAACAAGGUGUCCAUCAAGAACUGCGACGGCAUCCCCGCCCUCGUCCGCCUGCUGAGGAAGACCAGCGACAUGGAGGUGCGGGAGCUCAUCACAGGCACGCUGUGGAACCUCUCCUCCUAUGAACCCCUCAAGAUGGUCAUCAUCAACCACGGCCUGCAGACCCUGACAAACGAGGUGAUCAUCCCCCACUCGGGCUGGGAACACGAACCCAACGAGGACUCCAAGCCUCGGGACGCGGAGUGGACAACCGUCUUCAAGAACACGUCCGGGUGUUUGAGGAAUGUGAGUUCGGACGGUGCGGAGGCUCGGCGGCGGCUGAGGGAGUGCGGUGGCUUGGUGGAUGCGCUUCUCCAUGCUCUCCAGUCAGCUGUUGGGAAGAAGGACAUGGACAAUAAGUCUGUGGAGAACUGCGUGUGCAUCAUGCGGAACCUGUCCUAUCACGUCCACAAGGAAGUGCCAGGGGCAGAGAACUUCUUGGAGCCUGCAGCCAAUCAGAGCGGGGGCACGGGAGCGCUACAGAAGAAGAAGAAGGAUGACGCAGGGUGUUUCGGGGGGAAGAAAGCGAAGGAGGAGUGGUUUGAUCAAGGAAGGAAGAAUGGAGAGAAUGACAAAAACUACGACACUCUGGAUCUGCCCAAGCGCACCGAACCAACCAAAGGGUUUGAGUUGCUUUACCAGCCAGAGGUGGUGCGUCUGUACCUGUCGCUUCUCACCGAGAGUCAGAACUACAACACGCUGGAGGCUGCAGCUGGGGCUCUGCAGAACCUCAGUGCAGGACAGUGGACUUGGUCGAUGUACAUCAGAGCUACCGUUCGGAAAGAGAAAGGCCUGCCGAUCCUGGUAGAGCUGCUGAGGUCCGACUCGGACAAGGUGGUGCGGGCGGUGGCCAUCGCUCUCCGAAACCUGUCCAUCGACCGCCGCAACAAAGACCUGAUAGGCAGCUAUGCCAUGCGGGACCUGGUGAGUAACUUACCCAGCGGGCAGCAGAGACCAGCCAAGAACCUGGAGGAGGACACGGUGGUGGCCAUUCUCAACACCACCCACGAGAUUGUAACGGACAGCUCGGAAAAUGCCAGGUCCCUGGUACAGGCACAGGCCAUCGAGAAGCUUGUAGCCAUCAACAAAACCAGCCAGUCUUCGAGAGAGACGAAGGCAGCCUCUCAUGUUCUGCAGAUGGUGUGGAGCUACAAGGAGCUGAGGAACGCUCUGCACAAGGAAGGCUGGAACAAAACACAUUUCCAGCCCGCAGCAGCUGCCCCUCCCAAAGGUUCAAAGAGUGGAGGGAAGCCCGGGUAUGAUGACAGCACUCUACCAUUGAUGGAGAAGAACCAAGGAAACAAGAAAUCUGGCAGUGCUGAUAUGAUACCAAUGGAUGAACUUGGGCCAGAUGCAUAUUCAACGAUUGAUCACAAAGAGAGCAGGUACAAGACUAGAGACGGAUCGAGGGAUGUGGCAGAAAGGGAUCCUUUAAAGAAUGACACAAAUAGGAAAAACUUUAUCAGGAGCAACAGGCCCACAGUGAAUCUGGUGGACGGGUUUGAUACUGAACAUCAGCCUGUUGACUCCUGGGUCUAAUUGCAUGCAUGGCUUAAAUUAAAAUUGCAAUUCUGAAUUUAAGAGGAUCUCCUGUUUCACCACUGCCUUUCGACUUGGAGGUCAUUUUCGUUGUGGACUUUUUUUUAUCAUUACAUGAACUUACUGUGCUUUUCAACAAAUGAAAAAAAAAAAAACAACCCUACAUACUACUCUCAUAUCAACAUUCCCCCCAGGCGUGGCGCCCCCUGCCCCAGAACGAGCUCUCCUGGGACUGGUUGGAUUCUAAAGUUUAUCCAGAAGUUAGUUGGUGUCGAGUAAGAGGAAUAGAAGGUUUGAUGGUGGGGACACAGCGGUUGUUUAAUUGAAAAAAAAAAAAGAAGGUCAAACUAAAAACUUUAACUGUGUUUUAGAACAGUCAGAAGUGUUAGUACUUUAUUUUAUUUUUUUAAGCAAAAAAAGUGUUACGUUCUUGCAGAGCGUAUUGUGAGCAGACACCUGUCUAGAAUGUGCUCUCCAAGAACACAAAAAAACGAUUGAGUGUUUUUCACUUUGAGUUUUGGGAUGGUUUCCUUUCCUAUGUUUUCUAGUUUUGAAGAACGAGGGAGUGAAUGUCGGUUUGAUGGAUUUAUAGGGGGAAGAAUGUUUCUUUAGAUUGGGUUUGGGGCUGGAAAGCACAAGGGUAGUAGAAUCCUCUUAGAGAGUGUGCUGAUGCGAUCUACACAAAGCUUGCUUCAUUGACGUUCUCCAUGUAAAGAGGUUCACUGUGUUUUUAAUUCACUGCGAGGUCAAGUGCAAGACAUAACAGAGGUGUUCAACGUCCUCUGAACCAGGGCACCUAGCAAUGAAGAUCUCAGUGGCUAAUCCGGGCCGAGGGAAGUGUGAAGUGCCAUAGUGUAAUGUGGAUCGAAUCUGUGUGGUUCUGCGUAUCCCAGCAAUGUUGUUGAGCAAACAAAUCACAAACAGCAUGCGAUGUGCUCUGAGGUCUUGGACUUGCUUAACCCUUUCUUCAAAGAAGACAAUGAAGUCCAACUUUGCUUUGUAUUAGUUAGUAUAAAAAAAUUUAAUUAAAAAAAAUAAAUAAAUAAUUUGUGCAUAGACAGUGUGCGAUGGGGCAGGGCAGGGGAGGCAGGUUUCAUCUCCCGUUGCCAAAAGGAACCUUUUAAAGCAUUUCCUAUUUUUUUUGUUGGUUUUAUAAAUGUAUAUGAAGAAAACGUAAUCCAAGCGUGUUCACUGGUGUUUCUGCAUUGUGACGUGUGUGUCUGUACUACAGACCCUGGACUGCACAGCUUCAGUGGAAGAGACGUGGCGGAGUGCUGCUGCAAACCCAUGGAGGCACGCCGCUCACUCCUUCCUGUUUUGUAACAACUCAAGUAAAAAAAAUAUAUAUAUUAUCUACUACUACUACUACUUUUGUUUAAAAAAAAAUAAAGAAAAAAGGAAAUAAAUCCAGAGAAACCUGGUUUCCAGAUUGGUAGAAGCUCCAGUUUUAGCUGCAGGGAUAGACAGAGGUCAGAGACCCCCUUUUAACCAGCUUUCAGUGCAAUGCCUUUUGCAAGAGAUAUAAAUAUAUGAAUUAUUCUGAUUUUGAUGCAUCUUUUUAAAAUCCUUUCAAAGAAGCAUGAAAAAAAGUGAAAUGUAAUCUAAUCUGUUCACUCUACUGCCAUCUCUGUUAGUAUUACUUGUGUUGAAUCAUUGGGAGUAGCCAGAGGACGGAGGGCUAGUGACCUCAGUUUAAAGCAGGGCUUGCAUUAGUUUAAGAAAUAAAAAGACGACUGUUGCAGUUUUCAGUCUGGCACGUUGCCUUGGAAGGGAUGCAGGUUCUGUGAUCAUUUCUCUUUACUACCCUAAUGCAAGCCCUGCGGUGGCUGUGGGCUGCUCUGAGCCACACCCAUCAGUAACAGUGAUGAAUGGAGCACACACUCUGCUCUCCAGGAUCACUCUGGCUGAUUCAUGCACUCAUUUGCUUGUUCCUUCAUCCACUCAUUUAAACUGAGAAUGGCACGUGCCUGCGUUUAAAGUAAGAUUUCUUUACUAUGUGAUUUUUUUUUUUUUUUUUGAAAGUCUUGUAUUUUUUUAAAUAUGCUACAAAGAAAUAUAUUGCGAGUGUAACAGUACUAAAUUUGAUUUUGAAAUGAACAAAUAACCCAGAUUUAAAAAGAAUAACAAUACUUGUAUAAGAUGGCAGCAUCUGUCUAUCCCUGAGUGGUGUUUAGCAGUGUGUUACCAAAGGGCCUGCAGUAGUCUUUUUGUUUUUAAAGAAAAGGCCAGGGGGUUUGUUGCUGAGUGUAUAUUAAACUGUAUUUUAACCAUACUGAUACAAAACUUGCUGUAAACGAACUUGAAUGAACAACAGCUGAAGAAAUGAAGAAAGAGCCCGAUGUAGAUAUCACUGAUCAAAAUCGUUUAAAAAAAAAAUUAAGUACCUGUACUAUUUAGUAGCAAAUGUGUUUGUAACUAUCAUGUGCCUUAAACUUUUCAUGGUAGAUUAAAAAUAACAAUGUGUUUUAUAUACUGUUACUCUUAGCGUUGUCGAUGUAGUCUCUAGACAGCUGGGGCUUUGCAUUGUACUACAUUGUAUUCUAACCCUGAGAAGCGUGCAAACAGGUGUGAUUUAAUAGAGCAAGUGGGUUAUGCUUUCGUAGGAACGGGAAUCGACGCUACAGUGGCAGACUGGAUCCGGUUCAUUUCACUGAUAUCCUGCAGAGUUUUCAGCUUGUGUAAAAGAACGCAGCUCUGUAGAAAUAUCAACUUGGGUGUGUUUUCAAUAAACCAUGCCUGGAAAGAA